GGCUGUGUGACUGCUGUAAUGGAGCAGGACUUUGUGCUGGUGAAGAGGAAGGAUGUCGAGCGUCUGACCACAGAAGUCAUGCAGAUGAGAGAAUUCCUGCCGCAGAUCCUGAACCAGGAGUUGCUGGAAAACGUGCAGAGACUGGAGGCCGCUGAGAUCGCCUUGGAGACAAAAGAACUGGACUGUGCUCAUAUCAACUCCCGCUUAGAAGUAUCUCAGGGAGAAUAUCUGCAAGCAAAAGAAGAGAACCUGUCUCUCGCUGUUCAGCUGAAUGACCUCCGAGAACACUCUCUCCAGCAGUCCGAGUACUGCACUCGUCUGGGAUCUGCACUCUGCACAUUGCUCUGGGGAGUCUCUAACAGAGAUGAGACGGUGAGGAGUAUUCUGACAAUGGAUAAGGCGGAGGAAUUCUUCAGCUUGGCCUCUCAUACAGUCAGCAGCUUUGUGGAGUCUCUGUCCGGGCAGCAGCCGCCAGAAGAGGACGCGGAGGAGAGUCGCUUUGUUCUGGGUCUAGCCGGAACUGUAACUAAUGUAGCAGCUGUUCCCUGUGGACGUGAUUUCCUGAUAUCUUCAUGUAAGGAAUUGAUGGAGAAAUGGUUCCAUCUUCUAGGAAAAAUGGCAUUAGGGUCCUGCAGCCGCCUAAGAGUUCUCAUACUGAUGUCACUGUACAAUGUGUCUAUUAAUCGGAGCGGUCUGCUGUGGUUGAGUCAGUGCGCUGGAAUCAUCCCUCAGCUGCAGAUUCUCCUGACUG